UUCCAUGGCGGCCAUCAGAAGAAUAAUUGCAUCCGACAAAGCCUUAUUGCCAUCUCUUCUCACUUUUCGCAGGGGAAUCGCUUUUAAGCUUUUCGUUGGAGGACUGUCCUUCUACACGACAGAGAAAGCAUUAUCAGAUGCAUUCUCAAAUUACGGACAAGUUAUUGAAGCUAAAAUUAUAACAGAUAGGGUGUCAGACAGGUCUAAAGGGUUUGGGUUUGUCACCUUUGCUUCAGAAGAUGAGUCUGAGAAUGCCAUAACAGAGAUGAAUGGAAAGGCACUAAAUGGACGUGUUAUCUAUGUUGAUUAUGCAAAACCCACGACCAACUCUGGUUUUGGAAUCCCAAUUGCCAGAGGGCCUCCUGAACCAACAGCAGACAGUUGAUUCCCCUCACAGGCCAUAUCUUUGUUUAAUAUGCCUGAGCAAGCCAUAUGUUAGAAGUACCAAGAAUAUGUAGAACCGAGUUUUUUUGAGGAUUACAGAUGCAUACAACACAAUUAGAAGCAUUGUUCAGCACAAGUGAUAGGUGAAGGAUUUAUGUACUAAAAUACUGGCAUGUGGAGCAGUUUGUGGCUGUUAGCAGAAGUAUAUAAACCGUUGUACUUGGGUGUUUGUGCCAAGAGAAAUGAUACACAAUCUAGAACUUUGGCAGAGUUCAAGUAUGGUUGUUGGAUUGAAUGAAAUGAUGGUUUGGUUUGGGGUAAAAAAAUUCUA